AUGAACAACUUGGUUCUCUCGAUGCUCUCCCCCACCACCUCAGGUUUCCCGCCAAGUCCCCGACCCUCCAAGCCUGUCUCCAACGCCACCGCUCCCCGAUGCCGCGCCGCGCUCCGCGCGUUCCGCGCGCACCACCUCGCGGGGCGCGCCCUCGACGCCAACCCGGCGCUGCUACCCGCGCUCGCCGCCUGCGCGCGCCUGCCCGCCGCCGCGGCUGAGGCCGAGCAGAUCCACGCGCUCCUCGUCAAGUGCGGCGUCCCGCGGGCCGUCUCCGACGUCCGCGCGUGCACCUCCCUGGUCCGCGCCUACGCGAGGCUCGGACGCGUGGGCGACGCGCGGAAGGUGUUCGACGGAAUGUCGGACAGGACUGUGGUCACCUGGAACGUGCUGCUGGAUGCGCUCGUCAGAGUCGACGACUUGGACGCUGCCUGGAAAGUGUUUGUUGAAAUGCCGCAGCGCAAUGUGGUUUCUUGGAACACCAUAAUCACUGGGUUUGCAAGGCAGGGGUGGGCGCAGGAAGCAGUGGACUUGUUUGUCGAGAUGACUGUGGUUUAUGGUAUGGCGGCAGAUGAGGCCACAAUGGUUGGGUUUAUAUCAGCGGUCCGGGACAUUGGUCUGCUUGGACUUGGGAGGAGUGCGCAUGGGUAUGUUAUUCGGCGAGAGUUAUCACUCGAUGGUGCUCUUGGUGUUGCGCUGAUCAACAUGUACACAAGGUGCGGGAGCAUGGAUGCUGCACACAGUUGCUUCUCAAGCGUCAGCAACAAGAACGUGGAGCAUUGGACGUCUGUGAUCACUGGUUUUGCAGCACAUGGCCUCCCAGAGAUGGCACUAUCGUUGUUCGGUGAGAUGAGGCAACUGGGCAUUGAACCUAAUGGUGUCACCUUUGUGGGCGUCUUGAAUGCCUGUAGCCAUGGCGGGCUUGUGGACGAAGGCUUCAAGUACUUCAGCCUAAUGAGGAGCAUGGGCAUCAAGCCAACUAUCCAGCACUAUGGCUGCUUGGUUGAUCUCCUUGGCCGUGCUGGGUUCUUGGAGGAGGCCUUCGAUCUUGCCAGCAAUCUACCUGAAGAUCCUGGUUUUGUAAUCUGGAGCUCGCUACUAGCAGCCUGCCGUAGCCAUGGCAAUGUCGAGAUGGCAGAGUUGGCUGCUUCGAGGUUGGCAGACGCAAAACCAAGCCAUGGCAGCUCAUAUGUGCUGCUAUCGAACACAUAUGCACGAGCGAAACAAUGGGAGGACUUGAAGAAGACGAGGAGGAGGAUGGAGGAGCAUCGAGUAACGAAGAAACCUGGGCUUAGCUGGAUCGAGGUAGAUGGAAGUGUGCAUUCCUUUGCCACUGCAGACAAGUUGCAUACGGAAAGCGAGAGUAUUUAUCAGAUGUUGGAAGAUUUGAAACAUAAUUUGACGUCAUCUGCAUAUGAAUCUGAACCGUUCCCUCUUUCUGAAGAACUGUAA